AUGAGUACAGAAGUAGAUGAAGCAUUAGUUACAAAAGUCGAUGAAGCGGAAACUGACGGAAGUGCUAUCAAACAAGAGCUUACCAAUGUAGAUGUAUUGGUCUGUGGUUUAUGCCAUAUAGGAUUUCAUUUUGUAGAAGAAUUUCAAGAACAUAAAGAUGGAGAAUGUAAAAAAGUAUCCGCAUUUCGAGACCAAAAUACCUCGGAUAGCAAACCGCAGAUUCUUGGAUUUUUACUAUGGAAAAAUUCUCAAAUUAAACAAAUAGAAAAUGAAGAGGCAUGGAAAGUAUAUAAAAUGUGGUGUGUCUUACCUGAAAGUGUAAAAAACUGUUGGAUAGAAGCUGCCAAGACUAUCCAUACUUAUGAUGAGUUAGCUAAAACUAUUCCCGAUAAGAUGAUCAAACUUGACACAUUACCAAGUUCUUCGAAUGGCAGUUUGGAAGAACUGCCACCAGCAGUUAUGAAACCUAGUGGGGAAUUUCCUUCAGGUCAAGAGUUUGUGGUUGAACGAGUUGUUGCACGUCGUUUUAAUCAAAAAAAAAGACAAUUUGAAUAUUUAUUAAAAUGGGAAGGUUAUCCCCCCGAACAGAAUACUUGGGAGCCAGCAGAUAAUAUGGCUGCUUGUUCCCACCUUAUAAAACAAUAUGAGGAUUCAUUAGUUAAAAAUGGUACCGCUUCUACCCCUGGGAAGAGGGCACCCGGACGCCCACGGAAGAUUGAACAGAUCCAAAAUAUAGGGGUUGUUAAACCUAAAGUAUCCCCACAAGCGCAAGUUGAACAAAUUGGAAUAGCAGGGAGGCCAGUCCGUAGCAGUAAACAAAAAGCAAUGGACCAAGUUAAAUAUUGGUGUGGUACAAUGAAAGCCACUGAAGAAGUUACUGAAAGUAAACCAUCUCAACCAAACAUUCUAAAACGUGAUUACAUUAUGUUGGAAGAAGAGGAGGAAGAUGAAGACACUCCAGUGUUAAAGAAAAAAUAUUUUCAUCCAGAUUCUGAGGAUGAAGACUGGGAUGAUCCAUCAUUGCAUAAAUCGAAUGCGUCAAUUAGUGAAAAUGAAGAACCAAUCACAAAUUAUGGAAAAAUUAUUUCUAGAAGUCAACUGACAAUGGAGGAACGCAUAAAGUAUAAUGUUUCAAGAAAUAUCACAAGACCUUCUGUAUUUCCUGUGUUAAAACGAGAAGAACGGCUUAAAAAAAUUAAAACUCAUCUGGCUCAUUUCAAUAAUUUUCAUAGAAAUACUGAAGUGGGCUUAUUACAAAUUUCACCACAUUUAACUCAAGUAACCUUAGCAGCAUCUAAGGGCUUUGUGAAAUUAGAAACUAAUCAAGUUCCACUAUCUGGUAUAUAUAUAUAUUCUACCAAUGAAGGAUAUACUAGAUUAAACUUAACUGAUAAGACUCAGAGUAUGAUGUUGAUGAUGAAGAAUAGGGAUGAUCCAAAAAAAGGGAAAGUAAUUUAUGCUGACGGAGCUCAACUUCUGCAGCCUCCAAAGAAAACCCUUGACCUAACGAAAGCAAGAGAAACUGUACACCAAUCAUCUCCUUUAAUGAAAUCCUAUGCUAAGAAACCAUUUGUUCCACCCACAAAAAUCCAAGCUGCUGUAAAGCCUAGACCAUUUUUACACAAAGUUGCAGCUGCUAAUCCAGAGUAUGAAAAAUCUUUGCUGCAGAAACACCAAGGUUCUCCAGGGAUGAAACCUCAUCAUAGUAAUAUGACAUUUGUUCCUAGACGUACUGUAAAUAACAGAGCAGUCCAACAAGACGUUUCAAUUCCACCUAAUAGUCCAAAUAGACCAUUAACACUUUGUCCAACAACCGGAAAAAGAUUAAUGAAAGCUGAAGGCGAAAAAACGCCAGAGCCUACUCCACCAUCAAGUCCUAAAACAAUGAUAACUAUUGAUGAAUCAUCUUUAAUGGGUAGACAACAUGACAAUUCUUCAUUACCAACAAUAAUCAAAUUGGAACCUGGAACUGGACAUUUAGGAAAUCAAAAUCCUAUGAUGUCUUAUGUUGAGCCAGAAAAAGUGAAUAUAAAUCGUACACCUCAGAUGCAACAUCAUCAAGCCAGACAAAGUUUUGUUAAUUAUAAAGACAUUCCAGCUGCUUCAAACUCUGGCUUACGCAUGAAAAAAACUAAUUCAAGACCUAAUAAUAACAGUAAUAAAUCACUGCAUGUGAGCUCCGGAAUUUCAAAAUCCCAUAGUUCUCUAAACGUUCCAGCUCGAAAAAUACAACAGAAACAACAACAACAAAUACAACAACAUCAACAUCAACAACAACAUCAUGAACAACAAAUUACUCAACCUUUCCCAGGACAGCAGGCUAUACUGACAGAUGAAUCUGGUCGUUUGAUAUUAUCUGCUGAUGAUACUGAUAGUAUGAUUACUUUAACAGGUGACGAUGGCAUGCUGUAUCAGGUUUCCGCUGCACAGUUAGCUGCUAGUGGAGGUACAGUUUUAUUAGCUGGUAAUGAAGGCGAUGGGCAACAGUGUGUAUACCUUGCUGAUGAUAAUGCUAGUAUGAUGCAAACCAACCAAAAUCAAGAAGGGAUGAUAGCAUUGGAUGAUUUUGGCAACACCGUUGGUCAAUUAAUGCCUCAUCAGCUUGACUUGGGAAACUUGGUAACUGAUGAUGCUGGAAAUAUGUAUAUGAAAGAUAAUGAAACUGGUCAAUAUGUACCUGUAUCAGCAACAGAACAGGGAGGCCAAGUUGUUAUACAAACAAAUGAAAAUUUCACACAAGAACCUCAAGUUAUGCAAGAAGAUCCAGAUCAAUUAGUAGCGCAAAUUGUUGAUGCUGGAGAGCCAACUCCAGGAGGCGGUCCGCGCAGGGUUGUAUUGCAAUUACCUGAUGGUAAUUUAAUGGUGACCGAAAUGGACGAAGAACAGUUUGCAGCUUUGGAAAUGGAUAAAUAG